AUGAGAUUGUAUCAAGUAUUUAUAAUGUUCAGAAUAUCCCCUCUCCAAAUGCAAAUGCAGAUAUUUCUUACAAUUUUGAGGGGAUAGACUGCCAGAAAUUAAUAACAAAUUCUAUAGAACAAAAUUCUUCAGAUUCAUUUAAUAAAGUUGUUAAGUUUUUGAUGCUUUUAAAAACGGAACCAUUAUAGAUUUCUUUGAAAGUAGCUGACAAAACAUAUUUAAAUGAAUUUUGUAAAAAAGGAUUUAUUAAAGCCAAUUUAAAAGCUUUUGGAUAAUUUUUUAAUUAGAAGUGA